UCUGUGUUUCUUUCUCCACAGCAAACAUCUUGACAGUCAUCAUCCUCUCCCAGCUAGUAGCUCGGAGGCAGAAGUCCUCCUAUAAUUACCUUCUAGCUCUAGCUGCUGCUGACAUCCUGGUUCUCUUCUUCAUCGUCUUUGUUGACUUCCUCAUGGAAGACUUCAUCUUAAACAAACAGAUGCCUCAGACACUGGACAAAAUAAUCGAGGUUUUGGAGUUUUCCUCCAUCCACACGUCGAUUUGGAUCACGGUGCCGCUGACCAUCGACCGCUACAUCGCCGUGUGCCACCCCCUCAGGUACCACACGGUCUCCUACCCCGCGCGCACCCGCAAGGUCAUCGUCGGCGUCUACAUCACCUGCUUCCUCACCAGCAUCCCCUUCUACUGGUGGCCCAACAUCUGGAUUGAGGACUACACCAGCACGUCUGUGCACCACGUCCUCAUCUGGGUGCACUGCUUCAUCGUGUACCUGGUGCCCUGCUCCAUCUUCUUCAUCCUCAACUCCAUCAUCGUGUACAAGCUGCGGCGAAAGAGCAAUUUCCGCCUGCGCGGGUACUCCACGGGGAAAACAACAGCCAUCUUGUUUACUAUAACUUCUAUUUUUGCCAUACUGUGGGCACCAAGAGUAAUCAUGAUACUGUAUCACCUCUACGUGUCUCCUAUAAACAACAGCUGGCUGGUCCAUAUUGUGUCGGACAUCGCCAAUAUGCUGGCGCUGCUGAACACUGCAAUUAAUUUCUUCCUCUACUGUUUUAUUAGCAAAAGAUUUCGCACAAUGGCAGCUGCCACCUUGAAAGCCUUCUUUAAGUGUCAGAAGCAACCUGUGCAAUUCUAUACAAACCAUAACUUUUCCAUAACGAGCAGCCCUUGGAUUUCCCCAGCCAACUCUCACUGCAUCAAAAUGCUUGUUUACCAGUAUGAUAAGAAUGGGAAGCCUAUAAAAAUAUCACCAUGAAAAGGCCAAUAGUUGGAGUUUCCAGGUGCAAGUUCCUUUCAAGUGGUUACAUCUUCAGGAUGUAAUUUUCUGAAAUGGCUGUUUUGAAGAGAGGUCAUUUGAUUUCAUUUCCCUGGGCCGCCAGGGGCAGAUAAGACUGUCGGGAGGAAACAGGAGCACUUGAUUUUAGGAGCAGAAGUGAGAAGGCAAACACCUCCAUCUCUUCUAUAGCAUUUUGAAUAUGCUUCAGAGUUCAAGUCUUAGUGUUCAGUCACACUCAAACGUUUUGCAUCCCAACACCAGUGCAAUCCAAAGUCAUCAGAAGGGCAAAGCCACAGCAGUGUUUAAUUACAACCUUUUAAAACACAACAAAACCUUACUUGACCAUCAGUUUGCUAUUGAGAAAGUAAACAGAUGCUUUUGUGUACUGUGGAAGGUGCCAUUCUGGAGUGUGCACUUGCCAAAAAUGAUGUGUUGAUUCUGGCAUGAAAUGCCACCAGACACAGUUGUGCUGUCAAGGCCUCCUUGCAGGAGGCAGCCUGUGAGACACAAAUGGUGACAAGCCUGGUUGUGGCUCAUUUGAACAAGCUGGAGGACUCAUACAGUACCUGUUGCAGUCUUGGCAUGGAGAGCAAUCCUGCAAGCUGCCAAUAUUUGCGUGUUUUAAGUUGUUAUUUAAGAAUGUGACUGAGACAGGGGAGCUCGAGGGAGGGAGGGAUGUCUCUAGAGCCAAGAACAAAAGCAGCAUCUUUCCCAAACUAUUUCAGUCAUGGUGUCUAAGGACUUUCAAGGGUGAAACCAAGUCCUGCCUAAAGCAGAGCUCUCACUGAAGCUGCUCCUGUGAGCAGUGAUCAAAGCCUUCAAGUUCCUUCUUAAUCAAUACAAAUUUUCAGUUAUCCCCCUUGUUCAGGCCUUUCGGAAUUAACAUAUAAAAACCUCAACCUGAGAUUUUCUCCUGAUGGAUGAUGCCAUCCUCUUGCAGAUUUGCCAUUUAGUUGUUUAAAAAAACCCCAAAAACUGUGAAAGAAAUUCAUUAAGUACCCAACAGCAGUAAAAACAUUGAAGCCUUAGUUUAAGCUGAUCUAAGUAUUCCACUUAUUUAGAGGAUGUUAGCUUCUCUUUCUUCACACUCAAAACCCAGCAUCCUGUCAAUGCUAAGUGUAGAAAACAAGAGAUUUACAGGAAGGCUGAAAAUGCAUUUCUUUUAAUUUCUUUCCCUUUCAGAUCUUGGCAUGUGGUCUCUUGGAGCCACAUGCCACAACCUCUUUAUUCAUUGGGCACUUACCAGAGGGCAGUGAAGGUGUGAGGGCAGUGAAGGUGUAUGGUGAACACAAGCCCAGCGUGGUCAGUGCACACAGCAGAGCCUCAGGAUCAGAGUUAGCUUGGUGCUAACUCUGUGUUUGUGCCUGUGCCCAUCUCCAUCUAGCAGGGAGCUCAUGGUGCAUCAGGAACCAACACAGAGAGGUCCUCUGAGGAGGGAUCCAGUCAGUCCUGCUAUGGUGGGAUCAGGGGGCUGAAAACAUCUCUCUAAAACACAUGGAUGGCUCAGCUUUGGUGCAAAUCUCCUAAGAAAUGCCAAGUGAAGUCCUGCUGAGGACAAGAGCCUGGUUCCCUUGUGCCACAGAGGUGAUGUUUGCACAUCCUGUGGGCAAGAGCCAACCCCACCAGAGCUGAGCUCACCUUCCCCAGAAGGGAAUGGCAGCAAAGGCCCAGGCCAUGGACACCAGGCCAUGGACACCAGGCCAGGGAUACCAGGCCAUGGGACACCAGGUCAUGGACACCAGGCCAGGGAUCCCAGGCCAUGGACACCAUUCCAUGGACACCAGGCCAGGGAUCCCAGGCCAUGGACACCAGGUCAUGGACACCAGGCCAGGGAUCCCAGGCCAUGGAUAUCAGGUCAUGGACACCAGGCCAGGGAUACCAGGCCAGGGAUACCAGGCCAUGGAUACCAGGCCGUUUCAAUGUCCCCAUAGAGAAAUGAGGAGCUUCUCAGUCUGUUGGCUGUUCAUCUUUGUGAUCUCAAAACUUCACCCUUGCAAUAAUAAAGUGUAAAAGGGAUGCUCAGCCUUGCUGUAUUGGUCAUGACAAGAUUAAAGUUAUUGGUCCCUUUAUAGUGUUUUACAGAAAAUCACUUUCGUGGCCAUCCUCCCUGCCCUUCUCUCAGAAACCUCCCCCUGAUCUUCGUCAGUUGAUAGUAACCAAAGUUACCUUAUGGAAGAGGUACUGUAUGUUUCAUUUUGGAAAAACACUGUAUUUAUAACUUAUUUUUAUUCUACAUUUGUUAUGAGGAAUGCUUGUCUGAGUUAAAUGUGAAUGAGUCUGAAGUGCAAUAUCUAUAUAGAUAAGUGGUUCAUUUUUUGAGAAUGUAUCUAUUGAAAAAAAACCCUAUUUAUACAAGAAGUUCACUAUUCUACUUAUUAUAAUAGUAACCUUAAAGAAAAUAGUGAAUGUUUAGGGCUUUUAUUUAUUAAAAAAUUCACUUAAGUGCAUGGCAUAUGCUGCCAUUCACAUGCUGUGACUUAUUAAUUUUUGUAACAUAAUGUUUAUCCGGCAAACUAUCAGUGUCAUCUGAUUUUUUCUGUCCUGAUAAUGUAUUUUUGUAAAUUACCAUAUUUAAAAACAAAAAUCUUUCUGCGUAUUUUUUUCCCUAUGAAAAAUAACCCAUUCAGUUCUUGUAACUUAUUUGGAAAAGCUCACAAUCAUUUUCCAUAUCCUUUUAGGAAUGACAAGGUGCAAUUUUCAUGUACAGUGGAUUGAUCAUUUCACUUCUGGUAAUGCAGGGCUUUAAAAGCUUGCUUCCAAAGCCCUUUGAAGUUAAAGAGAAGGUUGCUGGUGGGUUUUGUGGUUGGUUUUUCCAAUCCCCAUUGUUUUAGGAGGGCUUUGGAUCAAGCUGUAUCUUGUUAGCAAACAUUCAAAGCCUUCUUAGAGUCCAGUUUGGAUAAUAAAGCCUUGACUUUUUAGUCUGCCAUAUGGGAGCUGCUGUUGAUAAUACUUGCCUUAUUUUUGGUUGUGUAAAGCAUCUUGCAAUGACUGUUGCUAACUAGCCAUUGUCUUGCUGUAUUAUUUGUACCUCAUAAUUUUCCAAUAGUAAAAAUUUAACCAAGCACAUGUAGUGUCAUUAUUUACGGGAAAAGUAUCCUGGAGACAAAACCAUCUUUGUUGUGGAGAUGGUCUUUUGUACUCUAAUUUUUAUUUCAAAUAUCUACAAUUAGAAAAAAUAAGCUGUGAAUGGACAGUUUUACAAUUACUUAUAGGUAUGUAUUCUUGAAUACCACAGCUAGGAACAAAAUACUUUUUAGAUGAGUUGCUGGUAUAUAAAAUUAUGGGACCUAUCACCUAUUUAAAUUGUGAAUAUUGAUAUUUUCAUAAGUAGACAAUAUAUUGUGUUUGAGGAACUUGUUUGUAUUAUAAUAAAUUAUGGUGCAUAACUUAC